UGGGUGUGUGAGCGCUGGGGGCCCGGUGCUGCGUGCGGGAGCUGGGAUGCGGCUGCCGGCGCCUGAGCCGAGGAGCUUCUCUAGGCGAGCUUUCUAGCCGGACUCGACGAAGGGGUGACCAGGCGGCGACAGGUUUCUCUCGGCGGCCGCGCGAUGCAGCGGGCGGCGGCGCUGGUCCGGCGGGGCUGCUGCCCCCGGACCCUCGGCCCCUGGGGCCGUAGUCAGAGCAGCGCGGCCGCCGAGGCCUCGGCGGUGCUCAAAGUGCGGCCCGAGCGGAGCCGGCGCGAGCGCAUCCUUACGCUGGAGUCCAUGAACCCGCAGGUGAAGGCGGUGGAGUACGCGGUGCGGGGACCUAUCGUGCUCAAGGCCGGCGAGAUCGAGCUCGAGCUGCAGCGGGGUAUCAAAAAACCAUUCACUGAGGUCAUCCGUGCCAACAUCGGGGAUGCCCAAGCCAUGGGCCAGCAGCCAAUCACCUUCCUCCGACAGGUGAUGGCAUUGUGCACCUACCCGAACCUGUUGGACAGCCCCAGCUUCCCAGAAGAUGCAAAGAAACGAGCCCGGCGGAUCCUACAGGCUUGCGGCGGGAACAGCCUGGGGUCUUACAGUGCUAGCCAGGGCGUCAACUGUAUCCGUGAAGAUGUAGCUGCCUACAUCACCAGGAGAGAUGGCGGUGUACCUGCAGACCCGGAUAACAUUUACCUGACCACUGGAGCUAGUGACGGCAUUUCUACAAUCCUGAAGAUCCUGGUCUCCGGGGGUGGCAAGUCACGGACAGGCGUGAUGAUCCCCAUCCCACAGUACCCACUCUACUCAGCGGUCAUCUCCGAACUCGAUGCCAUCCAGGUGAACUAUUACCUGGAUGAGGACAACUGCUGGGCUCUGAAUGUGAACGAGCUCCGGCGGGCCCUGCAGCAGGCCAAAGAGCACUGCAACCCCAAGGUGCUGUGCAUCAUCAACCCCGGGAACCCCACAGGUCAGGUGCAGAGCAGAAAGUGCAUAGAAGAUGUGAUUCACUUUGCCUGGGAGGAGAAGCUCUUUCUCCUGGCCGAUGAGGUAUACCAGGACAACGUGUACUCCCCGGACUGCAAAUUCCACUCCUUUAAGAAGGUGCUUUAUGAGAUGGGGCCUGAGUACUCCAGCAACGUGGAGCUCGCUUCCUUCCAUUCCACCUCCAAGGGCUACAUGGGCGAGUGUGGCUACAGAGGAGGCUACAUGGAGGUGAUCAACCUGCACCCUGAAAUCAAGGGCCAGCUGGUGAAGCUGCUCUCGGUGCGUCUGUGCCCGCCAGUGUCUGGGCAGGCUGCCAUGGACAUCGUUGUGAACCCCCCGGUGCCAGGAGAGGAAUCCUUCGAGCAGUUCAGCAGGGAGAAAGAGUCCGUCUUGGGGAAUUUGGCCAAAAAAGCUAAACUGACAGAAGACAUGUUUAACCAAGUCCCAGGAAUUCACUGCAACCCCUUGAUGGGGGCCAUGUAUGCCUUUCCUCGAAUCUUCAUCCCUGCAAAAGCCAUGGAGGCAGCUCAGGCCCAUAAGAUGGCCCCUGACAUGUUCUACUGCAUGAAGCUCCUGGAGGAGACGGGCAUCUGUGUCGUACCUGGCAGCGGCUUCGGGCAGAGGGAAGGCACCUACCACUUCAGAAUGACCAUUCUUCCUCCGGUGGAGAAACUAAAGACGGUUCUCCAGAAGGUGAAGGACUUUCACAUAAAGUUCCUGGAGAAGUACGCAUGAGGACUCCUCGGGCCCCAGAGGGAGACCGGGCCUCGGCCUGCUUCCUGAUAUGCCUGCCCAGCCCAGCCCAGACUCACCUCCCCCAGCGACUCCGCCUCAGGCCUUACGAAGGUCACUGGUCGCUUUCAUCGUCAUUUUGCCCCAGGAGACUUCUUUCUUUGUGCCUUGAUGUUGGGAGCACCUCUCUUCUGAGCAAAUGUGAAUUGGGCAUGCCUCAGAAGCCCUGUUUUUUUGAUGCAGCCAAAGUAGAGGGGACUUGCUCAGCGUAUAUGUGGUAGUGUUCUCCGAAUCUGUUGUUGCUUGUGGAAAAUUCAUUUGGGGUUUAAAACAGCCUGGGUGUGUUGGGUGAGCUGCUUCAGGUUUGCAGAAACAAGGCAUCAGGAAAUGGGUAACUUAACCGCGAUGAGGACUGGAAAUCCCAAACUCACCGCCAUGAUCUGUGAAAUAAAACCCUUAGCGGUGUGAAAAUCUAUUCCUUCAAACAGGAGAGCCUGGAGUCCACUGGAGGCCCAGAGAGGGCCCAUCCUUCUGACCUGGAGGCAGGCAUCCUGCUCUCAGACUAGGAUGGUGAGGCUAGCAGCACAAGGAUGCCAGGCUAGGUGGUGGUGGGUGUGGGGACUGUGGUCAAGGCCAGAAGGUCCUGCAGGGGAGGGGUGGGUGUGAGCCAGGCUCCAAGUUGAACCAGGCCUCCGUCUGGGAGCACACAGCAGGUAGUGAGGACUCUGCCCCCAGGAAGGCUGCAGGUGAAGGGUUCUCUUGAGCUUUCUUAGCCUGGGACAUGCAUCUUGAGGUCUCCCUGAGCUCCACGGGCACAGGGUUCAUCAGCCCAGCAAUAUCUCAGUUGUGGGGGAUUCUGCCUGAUGGUGUGUGGAUCUAUCCCACUGUUACCCAACAGCGAGCCUCACCCAAGGGCAUCAGGGAGCUUUUAGGCAAUAGUGGAACAAGGAAACUGAAAAUGUCCUAGUGAAGGAGGGUAUCCUUAGGGACAUGAAGACCACAUGCCCCUCCUGCAGUGUUUGUUGUUUGGACCAAGCGGAAUUUGGUCCAUAUCCUAGCUCUUAAUUGGUCCAAGUGCCUGGUAGCUUGGCUGCUCUGUACAUGUGAUCCGAUUCAAAGUUUAUCAAAGUGUUCUAUGAGUAAAGUGUUUUGCCUCCAUGUCUGCUGCUGGCUCCCCUCCCAGGCUCUGUAGACUGUCCCAUAGCGUCAGUCGUCUUUUGGAGGUAGGGGUGGGGGAUCAUCCCCCAAGCCUGCAGCUUCCCUGCCAUGAGCAAACCUUGGUGGGGCACCUGACCCACACUCCCCGGAAGUAGGCACUACAGGCCGCAGCAGGCUUAUGGCCUCUUCUCCUUCUCUGGGCCAUCUUUGGUGGGCUUCCCUGAGAAGCCAAGGCCAGCUCAGGAGUCAGGGGAUCCAGCAAGUCCUAAAGUGGAAUUGAAGGGACUGAAGAGAGAAAUCUGAAGAGGCUAAAGGAGUGAACUUUGAAAGCAGCCUCGUCCUGUAAUCCCCACGCCAGGUCCAUGCACGGGAUGCAAUAGGAAACUUCAGACUGCCCCGUCCACUAGCAUCACAGUCCCUAUGAAGAAAGUAGCCACAAUCUCAAAUAACAAAGGGAAUGUUUUAGAACUUUUUCUUCCUUAAAACUUCGAGAAAAUUGCACUUGUGCUUGCUGAUGGUAUAUAAGCCAGGAUGUGUCCCAGAGUUGUGAGAUUUCUGGUGGGAAGGUUAAAUAGUAGAAGCUAGUAUAUUUUCUAUAUUUUUGUAACAAUUGCUUUUUUCAUGGGGGGAGUUGGGGUUAGUAUUUGUAGUUUUAACAAGUCCAGUAGUUUUUUUAAAUGAAUCUCUUCAGAUUAUAAGUAACCCCUAAAAAAUUUGCAACGUUUACAUGAUUUUUUAAAAAAGAUGCCAUAUACCUUUGGUUUGCAUUUAAAAAUAAGUAAAUACUUAAUAAGGUCAGCUAGCUGGUUUAGGAGGUUAAUUUGAUUCAGGUAGAAACUCUGAUCAUGAUAGAUUUGAUUUUCUGAAGAUUGUGGUGUCUUGUUUGGGCACCACCAGAGCAAGUUGUUUGUCAUUUGAGGUUGCACUUUAAAUCUAUACCUGUAAAGUUUUCUGCUGUUCGUCUAGGUCUGCACGGGAGUUGGGGGGAUGCUGGGCUAUACUGUGGUGGUCCAUCACCUUGCACCUUGUGGCCAGACUGGUUGUCCCCAUGUUUGAAUUUGCAGGAAGAGCUGACAGGCCUACAUGUCCGUUUUCCAGUCUGGAUUCUCAUAGGCGUCUCCUGACAAAGGUACUUCAUGAUAGCUCUGGUGGAAAUUUCUAAACAAUAAAAUAUAUGUCCAAAAUGG